AUGAGCAAAACUCGGCCCCCAGUGAGCAAGUGGGUGCGGUUGCUGCGGAAGUUGUCACGCCGUAGACACGCACGUCAACUCAGAAGACAACGACUCUCAUCCUCGGCAUAUUCGACGAGACGCUCAAACAUUGGGUCAUGGGGAGCGGAGGGCCCUUGGGUCUUGCAGGCCUCAAAGGUCCGAAAGCGCUACAAAGCCCGGAAGGGCAACAAUCACCGGAAGCGCAACAAAGCCUGGAAGCGAAAGUGGAUUCGUGAGAACCGGAAGAGAGGAAAAGUCUCAAAGGCAUUGCCUCGUCAAAAAAAGGCCGGUCAGUCGGUGACCUUUCUAUCCCUACCGCCGGACGUUAGAGCCAUAAUGUAUGGAUUGUUGUUGGUCAAGGAUUGGAGUCUGGACGUUUUCCGCAACGCCUCAAGCACAUACCUCAAAGGAGCUCCAAAAUACGUCCGGAGAAGGAAGGAAUGGGUGCAAGUGCAAAAGUACAAAAACGAGCCGCAUCCGAUGCCCCGUGGGCCUUUGGCUCUCUUGUAUGUCAAUCGCCUCAUCCACGAAGAAGCUGCCCAGGUUCUGUAUGGCCAGAACAGAUUCAUUGCGGUCAAAGACACCUCUUUCAACUACAACAGCAUCCUUUCCGGAUUCGGUAAAGUCAAUGCCGGCAGGAUAAGAAAGCUGGAAGUCGGAGUGCCAAAAGUUGUCAAAACCGGCAGUCUCAAAGAGACUGAAUUCAAGCGCUUCCUGAGCUUUGUGUGCGAGGACUUCUCGAACCUGCAGAGUCUCGUGCUCACGACGACACCCAAAAAUAAUCCUGACUUCCAGGCCUCCAGGAAGUUCAAGAGGCAGUGUCGAGGAGUCUUGUUCACGGCAGCACAGAUCACACAAUGGCAUCCGGUCUUGAAGAAGGCGAUGUUGUCACGGACUGCUAAAGGUCGUGCUUUUGUCGAAUUGCGCGUCGACUUUUCGCCCGGGUCGGCAGUGGCUCCAUGGAAGGUGGAAGACGAGAAGCAACCGGACUCCUCAGAGCGAAAAUGUGUUUUGCUGGAUAGCGUCAAGAUCAGAACGAUGUCCUGGGAGAAUCUUAUGGGAGUCGACGCAGACAUCUUUGCACUGGCCGCGACUGCGCCAAGUUCUGAAUCAGCAAACGCAGGGAAGUGAUGGAGAGGGCGACCAAGCCCAGUACAACAUGAGAAUAGUGAUGAUAAGCUAUGAUGGCUACUCCG